UAGCACGGGAAACACUAAAUAGGCUUUUGUUAUCAACAUACGGGUGAUUUUCGCGUUUGUAAGAAAAAGAAACAUGCCAACUGCAUUACUCUAUGUUCGCAGUAAGAAUAUCACAGUUAUUCAGAAAUUAAGUGAAGUGCACGCACUUUCUGUUUUAUCUAUGUAACAGAUAUGAUGUUACAGGAUUUCCGGAAUGUCUUCAGCAGAUUAAACAAGAUGGAUUUUGUCCUGGUGGUUUUCAUUAACUGCUAAUGAAUCCUAUUGAGAGACACACAGUUACUCCAGCAAUGUUAAUAUGUUCAACAAGCUAGGUACAGCUAUAAAAGAUGCCGAGUUCCGUAUCCGAAGUUCGAUACCAUAUGGUUUACUAGAGACAUUGCCGGAUGCAAAGUCAAUAAAUAGUACCCGAGGAGGAUUAUAUUGUACUCUGAAAAAAACACCAUUGACUGGGAUCAACUGAUAAUCAAUGAUGAAGAUCAUAAUUAUGUUUCAAGCCAUGUUAUUAAGAAUAAAGUUGUAUUGCAGUUGGUACCUGUCAGCUGAUCAUGUCCAAUAUCUACAGAUGUUGCCUUUUUAGCACGUCAAUCAUCUACACUCACAAUGGAGAACGGUAGUCUAGACGGCAGUCUCACUUAGGAAGGCACUGACCGCAAGAUGGAGCUCCUUCCAGCACGUACAGAAACGUGUUUCUUCCAAGUUUAUUUUUUUGUUGUUGAGACAUGACGGGGCGAUGAUUGAGAGACACGGUGAUUAUAAAAAGGGAUACCCCAAAGCAAGAUGUGGAUACAACUUAGACAUCCUACAUACAACAAGGACAUACCAGUAUGGAUGACACCGAGCGCCGUAUCCUCAGGAAACACCAUACCAUCUUAAUGGAAACAUUGGAUACAAAGUAUAUGAUUCCAUUUCUGUUUGAAAAAGAAAUAGUUUACGAGGAGGACUACCUUGAUGAUGAGCAAUGUCGGCCAGAACGUGUCAAGAAAAUGCUCUUGUUUCUAAAGGACAACUGUUCAUUUGAACAGUUCAUAGAAUGUCUGAGGCACGAAGAAAGUUAUUCCUUUUUAGCUGAUGAUUUAGAGAAAGCACUUUCACACGCCAGUGAACAAAAUGAUGUUGUCCAUCAACAGAGAAAGAUUAACCUUUUCACUGAAAGAAGGAAAGAGGUGGGAGAGUUCCGGCAUAAAAUGAAACGGUGUUCACACGAAAAGGAUUUUGUAACUUUUCAGAAAAGCUACGAAAAGGCCAUCAAUGACUGGGACCAUAUAAAACACAACAGGACCAAGUACAAUGACCAGCAGCGACAGAGAGCAGCCGACUUCUGUCACGCAGCUUAUGAUGCUGAAAUCGAGCGACGGCGGGUGUUUUAUGAAAAGAUAAAGUUAGAAGGUGACAUAUUGGACAAAGUACAGCUAAUGUCUGCUCACACAUCAUGUCCUAUAGCGCCUGACGUUUUAUACUUAGCGCGGUACUCGUCUGCGCUGGUGAUGGCGGGCGGUACUCUAGAAGACGCCCUCACUUAUAUCGAAGAUGCUGAGCACAAGAUGGAGCUCCUUCCAGCAUGUAGGGAAACGGGACUGGUUCUCUACAUCAAGUUUAACUUCUUGUUGCUGAGACAUGAACGUGACAGGUCGAGGAUUGACAAAGACGAACUUUCAAAACUUGGUAAUAGUGUAAUUACACACUUCAGCACAGAAUCAGACACAAUCAGCAAUGACUUCAAGAGAAUAUUUCUUCUGAAGAAAGCGCACAUGUGGCUGGAUAUGGGCGUGUUUCUAAAUGUUAUUGGCGAUAACAAGAUUACAGAUCGUCACAUAGAAGAAACAGAGAAACUACUAAAAGAAUUGCAUCGACCUUCUCUGUGGAACAGGAUGGAGUUACGGGCUAAAAUGGUAUAUUAUGCGGUUAUGUCACGAUUAGCUCAGGUGAAAGAAAAUACUAACUACCCCGAGGCCAUUGAACUAGCUACGAAAGCAUUGAGGUUUGCCAAGGAAGGGAAAUUCCCCAAGGAACAGAAAGCUAUCGAAUACAACUUAGAUUUACUGCGUAGAGUUUAAAGUGCGAGCACGUUGGUAUACGCUACCAAACAGCAUUUACGAUUUUAUUAUAUAUAUAUUUACAUUUCCACUGUGUGUUCUCUAUAUGAAGGUUAUAACAAAAUUAGCGUUCAUUCCUAGGUGAACAAUUGAAUACAUACAGUACAUUGUUGACGGUGCCAAUGCAGAAGUGUGAAUAUAAAAUCGCGUUUGAUUACACCUGAAAUAAUGUUUUAUCAACUUUAAAACUUGUUAAUAAUUGUAAAAUUGAAGACAACAUUUCAAUAUUUUUCUUUCAUGAUGAUUGAAAUAAUGAAUUUGUGUGGAACUAUAUUUUGUGUACUUGUGUACUUGAUUACCUUUCCCGCCAAAUUGGAACUAUCUGUUAGCUGUUACAUCGAUUAUUCAGCUGUUUCGUCACUACGUAUAACGAACGUAGAAUACUGUUUCUUAUGAUUUUUUUUCAAAGAUUACGUUGAAAAAUAGUUUUGAAAUGUAAAUAUAAGAAAUAAUUGUUAUUUUUUGUUGUUCACUGGUGUAUGAUUGGCAUUUUUUGACAGAUAUUUCAACAUGACGUCAUUUAAAAUAUCUGUCAAAAAAAAUAAAUAUUACCUGAUUGAUAUGUAGUUACUGAGGUAUGUUAUCAAAUAAAGUGUGACUUUGAUGAACAUAUACAAUGUAGUUACUGAGGUAUGUUAAUGAAGUGUGACUUUGAUGAACAUAUUAUACAAUGUAGUUACUGAGGUAUGCUAAUGAAGUGUGACUUUGAUGAACAUAUUAUACAAUGUAGGUACUGAGGUAUGUUAAUAAAGUGUGACUUUGAUGAACAUAUUAUACACUCAAGUUACUGAGGUAUGUUAAUGAAGUGUGACUUUGAUGAACAUAUUAUACAAUCAAUUUACUGAGGUAUGUUAAUAAAGUGUGACUUUGAUGAACAUAUUAUACAAUGUAGUUACUGAGGUAUGCUAAUGAAGUGUGACUUUGAUGAACAUAUUAUACAAUCAAGUUACUGAGGUAUGUUAAUGAAGUGUGACUUUGAUGAACAUAUACAAUGUAGUUACUGAGGUAUGCUAAUGAAGUGUGACUUUGAUGAACAUAUUAUACAAUGUAGUUACUGAGGUAUGCUAAUGAAAUGUGACUUUGAUGAACAUAUACAAUGUAGUUACUGAGCUAUGUUAAUAAAGUGUGACUUUGAUGAACAUAUUAUACAAUGUAGUUACUGAGGUAUGCUAAUGAAGUGUGACUUUGAUGAACAUAUUAUACAAUGUAGUUACUGAGGUAUGUUAAAGAAGUGUGACUUAGAUGAACAUAUUAUACAAUGUAGUUACUGGGGUAUGUUAUCAAAUAAAGUGUGACUUUGAUGAACAUAUUAUACAAUGUAGUUACUGGGGUAUGUUAUCAAAUAAAGUGUGACUUUGAUGAACAUAUACAAUGUAGUUACUGAGGUAUUUUAAUGAAGUGUGACUUUGAUGAACAUAUUAUACAAUGUAGUUACUGAGGUAUGUUAAUAAAGUGUGACUUUGAUGAACAUAUUAUACACUCAAGUUACUGAGGUAUGUUAAUGAAGUGUGACUUUGAUGAACAUAUUAUACAAUCAAUUUACUGAGUUAUGUUAUUAAAUAAAGUCUGACUUUGAUGAACAUAUUAUA